ACCUCUAGUUGUCAAGCAGGUUCUUUUGCAUGUCCCAUGAAAAGGCAUGAUGACAGUUGUGCCACACCUCGUCACGAGUCUGGUUGAAAUCUAGUGCAUGGAUUUAAAUGGAUGGCAAACACAUACACUAACAAGAGGCCUCUAAAUGGACAAACAUGUCAUCAACAACUUCCAACCGAACACAUCAUCUAACUCUGGUAGCUGCUCUUGGGGUUUUGUGUUCAGUGGUACUAUGUUUUGUUUACUUUCAACCCUCAUCUACUGCAUGUCCAUCUCGAUUAGAUGAUUUGCCAUUUUUGGCAAAGGGAGAUGUUUCCUCACCUACCAAAAAGCCUGUGGAAAAGCCACUUUUGUUGCUCUGGUUCUGGCCACUGGGUGUGAGAUGGAAUUUUGAAAUCUGCAAAACCCAUUUCAACAUCGAUAGCUGUGUUCUGACAGAUGACAGAUCCCUUUAUGACAAAGCAGAGGGAGUGGUGAUUUUUCACAAAGGCAUCAGCUGGGACCUGAAGAACCUGCCUCAGUCUCCUCGUCCACAUUUUCAGAAAUGGAUCUGGUUUCAUGUGGAAUCACCAACAAAUACCGCCAGAAUACCAGGUCUGGAAAAUCUAUUUAACGUCACUUUGAGCUAUAGACGAGAUGCUGACAUCACAGUGCGAAAUGAAUUGACAACAGUGAAGACUGAAAAGGACAGUGAGUUUGUGCUGCCCAAGAAGGAUAAAUUGGUUUGUUGGAUUGUGAGCAACAACAAUCCUUCAACUGGGACAGGAACCAGAGCAAAGUACUAUCAAGAGUUGGUCAAACACAUCAAGAUACAUGUUUAUGGUUCUGCUUUUACAGGGAGUCGUUUGAAGUAUGAGGACUAUUACUCAACCCUUGCUAGCUGUAAAUUCUACCUUGCAUUUGAGAAUUCAAUUCACAGAGACUACAUCACAGAAAAGGUUAAUGGACCACUUGUAGCAGGAACCAUACCAGUAGUCAUGGGCCCACCCAGAGAGAACUAUGAACAGUUUAUCCCAGCUGGUUCUUUCAUUCAUGUAAAUGACUUUACUAAUGCAAAGGCGCUGGCUGACUUCCUCCUUCAAUUGGACAAGAAUGAUGAGAUGUAUAUAAGUUACUUCACUUGGAGGAGGUACCUUAAGGCCAAGCCCCACCUCCUGACAAUACAGGAAGAGUUCAUUCAACCUGUUUGUUUAGCCUGUGAAUACAUGGCAAGAGACAAAGGAUAUUACAAUGUUGUCCAGAACCUUUAUGAAUGGUACUUUGGAUGAGGGUUUAGCCAUCGUUUUGUAAGCACAGAAAAUAUCAUUUUAGCUUAGCUACGUAAACGGAAUACAAUUUUAAAAGUGUCUUCGGAUUUGGGGAUAUUUUGUUUGAAAAUCUAUAUCAAUUUAAAGGAUGGGCAUUCAAGGUUUUGGGGAAGAUUCAAAUAAAUAAAUAAUUAAAUGCUUUGGAAGCAACAUACACUCUAAACCCCAAUGUGCUGUCAUUACUCAACUUUUAAGGAACCCAUUGCACUUAAAUAAAACCUUUUACUGCAGUGGGCUAAA